AUGGGAAAUAAUAUAAGAAAUCCGCAAAGUUUUAGCUCAGACUGCAUCCAAAACUCAAAUCUAAAUUCAAAACCUGCAGACACUUUAUUUGACAAUAAUAUUGAAGAAAAAUCACAAAACUAUAAGCUGCCUCUUUAUAUCUCUCAAACUGUAACCAAUCAGACUCAUUGCACAGAUAAUAGCACUUCAAUAAUUUCCUGAAAAAGCAACUCAAAAUCAGCAUGUGUUUUUGACUCUAAAACCAAAACAAUUUAUGAGCAAGAAUUAAAAAUUCCUAAAAACUUAUCAGGAAAUAUGAUAUGCAGGAUUCCUGAUAAUAAAUUAUUUUUCUAUGGAAAUCUCCCUAUUUCAGGCUCAGCGUUUAUUCUUGACAGUUUUUACAAUAUAACAAAUCUUCAAGAAGGAAAACCAGCUUUUGGAGCUGGAGGGGUUUAUUAUAAUGGCUUUGUCUAUAUAUUUGGGGGUUGCGAUUAUCAUGAUCUUUUUAAGGCAUCAUCAAGAUAUAGCUUAUCUGAAAAUAGAUGAUCAGAAUUGAUGUCUUUGCCAGUAAAAUCUUAUUAUUGUUCUUGUGAGGUAUUUAAUGGAGUAAUUCUUAUUUAUGGGUAUCAUCAUGAAGUUUUAUAUAUUUAUGAUCCAGCUAUUGAUAUAUUUACAGAUGUUAAUGUCCCAUUUGUAAGAUUGGCAUAUAAAAUUAUAAUAAAAGUAAACAACAGAGGAUAUAUUCUGGAUCAUGGUGGGACUAUUUAUGAAAGUCUAGAAAAUGAUUUAUUUUGUUGGGAAAAAUGUAGGAUUGGUACUAUUAAUCGUGAAGGUUUUAAUUGUUCUUUAAGAGUUGAGUGCGAAGGCUAUAUUUAUUAUAUGAUAAGCGAUGAACUUUAUCAAUUUAGCUUGAAACCAAUUGAUAUUUUUUUAAUUGAUAAUAAAACAUAUUAG